AUGCCAUUAGGCAAAUUAAUUUUUCAUUUCUUUUUAUUAGCGACCAUUGUUGUGACUAAAACUCAUUCAUGGGGCGCAGUAGGUCAUGCAUUUGUCGCACGAAUAGCUAUGACAUUUUUAACAGAUUCAUCUAAAACGUUCAUCAAAGAUAUUCUACCAUGGUAUGUUUAUGGGAAUAUGAGUAUGCUUGCAUCAUGGCCAGAUAACAUUCUCUAUCCUGACACAAAUCCCGUUGGAUAUCUCAAUUGGGACUGGUCAAAACCCCUACAUUAUGUGAAUACACCCGAUUACGUCUGUCAAUAUGUACCGAGUAGAGAUUGUGUUGAAGACAACUGUAUUGAUGGGGCAAUACAAAAUUAUACGAAAAGAUUAGCUAACACGGCUUUAGAUCAUGUUCAACGACAAGAAGCUCUACAGUUUUUAGUUCAUUAUGUGGGUGAUAUUCAUCAACCUUUGCAUUCCGGAUUUACAUCGGAUCGUGGUGGAAAUAGUGUCAGAGGAGAUGAUCCUGAGAGUUGA